GCAACAUAUAAAGGAGGCUUCAUCACACACGGUCGGCCAUGUCGUCGAUUUACAACCUUGAGCCACAGCCUACGGCCUCAGCGGUCCUGCACACAACCCUGGGAGAAAUCCACGUCGAGCUCUUCGCCAAGCAGACACCACUGACGUGCCGCAAUUUUCUUCAGCACUGUCUCGACGGCUAUUACGAUGGCACAAUCUUCCAUCGGCUCGUUCCAAACUUCAUCGUGCAAGGUGGUGACCCCACAGGAACUGGAAAUGGCGGCGAAUCAAUCUACGACGGAGGUGCCUUUGGCGGCGACCUGGAUCCUUGGCCCAUGGACCAGAGACAUGGGCAGAACGCAGGACCCAAUGGCAUCAACUUUAGAGACGAAUUUCACUCCCGACUGAAGAUCAACCGACGCGGCAUCCUGGCCAUGGCCAACGAAGGAAAACCAGACACGAACGGAAGUCAAUUCUUCUUUACACUAGACAAGGCAGAGGAGCUGAAUGGCAAGAACACAAUGUUUGGCAGGGUUGCCGGAGACACAAUUUACAACUUGGCAAAGAUUGGUGAAUCAGAAGUGGAUCAAACGACCGACCGACCGCUAUAUCCUGUCAAGAUUGAGCGGGUGGAAAUCUUGGUUAACCCCUUUGGCGAUAUGAUAAAGCGAUCGAGGGUGGCGCAAACACAGGAAAAGCCAAAAGCAGAGAAAGAGAAGAAGAAGAAAAGGAAAGGCGGAAAGCAGCUACUCAGCUUUGGGGAUGAAGAGGGCGACGAGGACGUGCCUGUCUUUAAAAAGGCCAAGUUUGACUCAAGGAUAGUCAUGGCAGAGGAGGAAGAGACUCCUGCUCCCAAAGAGAAGAGCUCAAAAUCAAAACCUUCUAAACCAAAGGCCGCGGAUAAGCAAGAAAGUGAGACUCGGAGACCAAUGGAUAUUCCCCUACGCAAGAGACAUAAGGAACCGUCGCCUGAGCUAUCACCCGAGCCAGAGCUGGCCAAGGAAAAGAGUGCAUUAGAAAGGGCCAAUGAAGAGCUAGCCGCUCUAAAGGCAUCAAUGAGGAGGACAGUCCAUUCGGAGCAACCAGUCAAGGAAAAGAAAAAAUCAGCAUUAGAAACAAUGAUACCCGAAACAUCCAUACGAGGAAGAAAAAGGCGGCCGGGUGGUAAUAAUACAACAGCAAGCGAAGAACAGACAUCUCUUCGCCUGCUAAAGGCCUUUCAAGCGAAGCUUGAAAAGGCCCCGCCAUCAAAAGAGAUGCCUGCAGAAGCGCCCGUCAGUCAUGAGGAGGGCGAGGUGGAUCUGCCCUUGCCGGAUGAAGAAGCAGAACUAUGUGAUUUGCACUUUAUUGCAAAUUGUCAAAGCUGCACGUCGUGGGACAAACAGGGCAAGGAGGAUAGUGACGACGAAGGCUGGAUGUCACACGCACUUUCGUUUGCGGCCGACAAGCUCGGCAAGGACCUCAGCAACCGUAGGAAGGCUGAAGAGGAGCUGGUCGUCAUUGAUCCGCGGGAGAAGGCUCGGACUCUGAAAGAGGAGAAACGGGCUGAGCGAGAGGCUCGAUCUGGUGGAUCUGGGAGGGCAUGGGAUCAAGCAAGGAAUGCUCAGAUGGCAAAAGUUUCUUCAUUGGCUGGUAGAGGAGCGAAAUGAAGGUUUGGAUUCUAUGGGACUCGCAUAAUGUAAUGUUUCUUAUUAUUGAUCCUUGGUUUUAUGGCGUAGCGUAUGGGUAAUGCUUUAGCUUUUACUAUGAUUGCCAUCAUCUUCUACUUUUUGUAUAUAGUUGUAUUGGAGAAAUAUAGCGGCAAGCAUAGUUGGUUAUG